UCAAAUUUUUUUUUCUUUCCCCAAAAAAACCCUACCGUCCCAAAAUGUAUGAACGAGCGAGUUGUUGAGUGGACUCGCCAAUGUCACCUUGGCCGUUCUUCGAGAUCGCAGAGACUCAAAAUAUAUUCUCUUUCGCUUCUCUUUGAAUUUGAAUUGCACAGAUGAUGAAUAGCGGUUCAAAAGCAGCGUUUUUUAUGCCUCAAAGCAAUUGUUUUCAGUUGCGGGCUGCUCUUUUUCAUUCUACUCCUGUCCUCGAACGCAAAAGAGGCAAUUUUUGGGAUGCUAGACCUAAUGGUCAUCCACGUAGGUCAUCUAAGUGGCAGAGGAAGCAGGCAUUAUUGCGGAACAUCGGUGUUUACACAGACUACUUUUUCGAGAACUGGAGGAAUGAUUCUGAAGAAGACGAUCCUUCUCCAAGUAGAGGUACUUCAUGGUUCAGAAAGCAAUACUCUAGAGGAUCUAGACGUAACCGGACUGGGAACCAGGGAGCCUGGCGUUCAGGUAAAAAAGGUUUCCAGUUUUGUGAAGACGAUAUUGAUGUUGAAAACAUCUUCCGAUCUAUGUUUGGUGGGAACCGAUACUUCUACUGGUCUUUUAUAAAUGGAGGGAAUCCUCAAUGGAGGAGUUCAUCUAGCUACUCUAAUUACUAUGGAAGGAACUGGAGAUACCGGGUUGAAUAUGAUCAUGAUUCUUCAACUGAGUCAGAUGAUAAUGUGGAUUCAAAUUUGGCUUCAGAGAGGAUUGCUCUUGGGCUGAAUGCUUCUGGUCCUCUUAAACUUGAAGAUGUUAAAAAUGCAUAUCGGGCAUGUGCACUGAAAUGGCAUCCAGAUCGUCACCAGGGCUCUUCUAAGGCAAUUGCGGAGGAAAAGUUCAAGCAUUGCAGUGCAGCAUAUCAAUCUCUAUGUGAUAAGCUGGGCACGGCUUAGAGAUUGUCCUAAGCAUAUUAGUCUAUACAUGACCUCUAGACGCACGCUGCAAUUCCCUCGGCCAUGCAGGUUGAUUUAAUGUACUCUGGAAAACUUUUAUUGAAUUUUCAUUGCUUGUGAGUUUGGUGCGAUGUUGCUGGAAUUAGCACAUUCCAACCACAGGUGUACGUAUGAAAUAAUCACCAAAUGAUGGCAGUAGCAUGCCCUUUUUAGUCGCUAAAUGUAUUAUUAAAAAGUUCCCAAUUUAUAAAUUCAAGUUAGGUUUAGCACAUUGCAGAGCUCUCUAUUGCACCAUUGUAUUAUAUUAUAUGAAUGGCAUUUCAAUAUUUAGUUCUUUUGGUGCAUUAAAA